UUGGCACACGUUCAUCAAAUAGAAAACCACAGUGUAAAACAGCAGAAUUCCAUAUCUGAUGAAUUUCAAAAUAGAUAUCUAACAAAGCUAAGCUACUUGACAGAAUCGAUGUUGUAAAAAAAAAGAAGAAAUAUAAAAAAGGCAAGAAAAUACGCACGCUUUGAGUCCUCUCGGGUUCCGUUCAACUUGUGGUCACAACGACAAAGCGAAAAAAAGGUUAGCGAUUAGCUAGUCAGCUAAUCCCUCGCAUAACUCAGUUGCUGCACAUUUCACAGGUUUAUGAAGAAAUGGACAUGGUCAGGGGACCGGGCUGAAUUUAGAAACGGAUUUGGAGUUUUUCAAGUUGAAUUUCACCAGUCUAUAUGCAUCAGCAUUGCCAUGGACAAAUCUCAGUGAUGGAGUCCCAGAGGAAAAGCUCUGGUGAGGACAGUUCAGGGGAGCGAGGUUCGCUCCACACCUGGAAGGGCUACUCCUGUUGUGUCACCCCAGAAAGAGUGCUCCUGUCCAGGCCUGUGCUGCAGGCUGCCCUGGGAACACGCCAUGGGGUUCUACUGGUGGAGGGCGGGCAAGUGUACAGCUUUGGUGAGUUCCCAUGGAAACAGAGCCAGGUCUCAGUGGUGGGCCCCCUGAAGCCCGUCCUAGAGAGCGCUCUCAGCGGCCAGCGCGUUGUCGCCGUGGCAGCGGGCAGCUUCCACAGCGGGGCGGUUACCGAGGACGGCGGUGUCCACAUGUGGGGGGAGAACUCCUUCGGCCAAUGUGGCCUGUCCAGCCUCACUGUAGUCCCCAACCCUACUCCAGUGGCUGUCCUGGACCCCGACACCAGCCCCCCUCAUACCAUCCGGGUCCUGGAGCUGGCCUGCGGGGAGCAGCACUCCCUUGCACUCUCUGCCCAGCACGAGGUGUGGGCCUGGGGCAGCGGCUGCCAGCUGGGCCUGGUCACCACCAUCUUCCCAGUAUGGAAGCCCCAGAAGGUGGAGCACCUGGCGGGCAGACACGUCCUUCAGGUGGCCUGUGGGGCCUUCCACAGCCUUGCCUUGGUGCGUUGCCCACCACCUCAGGAGGCCCGGCGGCCCCUGCCAGACAAGUGUGGCCAGUGCAACCAGCUGCUCUACACCAUGACGGACAAGGAGGACCACGUCAUUAUCUCAGAUAGUCAUUACUGCCCCCUAGGGGUGGAGUUGCUGGACGACGGAGAGGCCAGGCUGGAGCCUGGAAGGUCCCCUCCGCUCAGGCUCCAGAGCUCCCUUUCAGAGCCCCUCUCCUCUCAUACCUCGGCCUCAGCGCCUGGUCUCCAUCCCUCCAUAACAGACCAUCCAGACUAUGAGAGGAGGAGGACAGUGGCACAGAAUGGGAAAGUCUUAACCACUACAGACUCUGAAAUCUCUGCUGCUGGGACAGACUCUGAUCGAACUGUUGGAGGUGUGGGGGGUGUAGGGUCUCAGAACUCCCCCUACCCUGAUGAUCAGGCAGUGAAAGAAUAUCUCAAGAAACUGUCUGACACCUCAUCGGCUGAGGAGACUGCCAAGAUGACCAUAGCAGGAGCAAGUUUUCAGCCCCCAGCAGAUAGCCUUGACCUCCUGACCUCUGACCUCCUCCCUGGGGUUAUGCCAGUGACCACCAGCUCUGCCCUCAACAGCCUGGUCUCAUCCUGUGCCUCCGCCGUGGCCGAGAGAGUGGUCUCCACCUGCGAGGCUCUGUCCCUGAAGAAGAGGAUUAACUGCUACUACCCUGGGGUUGGGGGUGUAGCAGGAGUACCCGGUGGGUUUCCAGGGGGCCCCGCGGAGGAGCGGGUGCGUCUGGAGGAGUCCAUGCAGGGGAAGAAGAGCUGCAGCACGGGGGAUAUCCGUGAGGAGGAGGCUGAGGGCCUGAGUCGACGUCUCUCUCUGCCUGGACUCCUCUCUCAGGUGUCCCCCAGGUUGCUGCGGAGGGCCAGCCGGCCCAGGGUGCGAGCGGUGCCCCUCACCCCUGUGGGAGGGCUCCCAGAGGCGGGGGAGCUGCUCCCCUCCCUGCAGACCGAGGUGUGGAGCUGGGGGCGUGGUGAGGAGGGCCAGCUAGGCCACGGGGACAACCUCCCCAGGCUGCAGCCACUGUGCAUCAAGUGUUUGAGCAGUAAGGAGGUGGUGCGUGUGGCUGCUGGGGCACAUCACUCCCUGGCCCUGACGGCACAGUCCCAGGUCUUCUCCUGGGGUAGUAACAGCUCUGGCCAGCUAGGACACAUGGCGUGUCCUACUACUAUCCCUCGCCUUGCCAAGCUGUCUGAGGGGAUCCGUGUAUGGGACGUGGGUGCGGGGGCACAGCACACCCUCCUCCUGGCCGAUGGGGACUGUUACCAGCCCAUCCUUUACUAUAGCGGACAGCAGGUCAGAGAGGCGGCGCAGGACGCACCCCAGGACCAGACAGAGGGGUACAGCUACACCCAGCAACCAGUGCUGCUCCCCUUUUGCAUGAACUUGGGCUACGUGAGCGGUGUGUUCGCGGGGGGCCAGAGCUGCAUGGUGUUAGCCGACCGCAACGUCACGGGUUUCAUCGCCAGCCUCCAUGAGCUGGCUGCUGCCGAGAGGAAGUUCUACUGCAAGCUGAGCUCUGUGAAGAACCACAUCCUGCGCCCCCUGUUGGACCUGGGUGAGAACUACUGCUCCCGCUACAGCUCCGCUGGACAGAGGCCAUGGGUCAGAGAGUCGUUGAGUACAGCCCUAGGCCCGGCGUCCACAGUGCUGCUACAGAGCCUGGCGAGGUGUUAUAGCCGCCUGUGCCACCUCACUGGGCAGCACUCCGCCUCGCUCACCGCCAACCUGCGCCGCCGUCGGGAGGUGAAAAGCUUGGUUAUGCUGGAGCACGCCAGCAUCUUCCUGGACACGUACAAUGAGUACUGCUGCUCUGUGGGUAACUUCCUGGUGAUGGGGGGCUUCCAAGCUCUGGCCAAGCCCUCGCUAGAUUUCUUUGGGAAGUGUCCAGAGCUGUUGCAGCGCCUGGCAGAGUCCAGCGAGGAGAACAUUCCUCUGAGUGACCUGUUGGUGGCGCUCUUCUACCUGCCCAUGAGACACCUUCACGAGUAUGGCAGGCUGCUGCUCAAACUGGGAACCUGCUUCGAGGUGAGCUCAGUGGACUACCAGAAGCUGCAAGACGGCUGCUCUAAGUUUGAAGCCCUGGCUCUUCAUCUGAAGAGGAGGAGGAAGGAGGCAGAGUACACGUACCACUUCUGGAAGAGCUUCCCUGGCAAGAUGACGGUCAGUGGCCUGGAUUCCCUGCGUAAGCCCCCCCGGAGGCUGAUCUGUGAGAGCAGUAACAAGGCACUGACGCUGCAGAACUCUGGAAGGUUCUCUGUCAACUGGUUCAUCCUCUUCAAUGAUGCACUCGUCCACGCUCAGGUAAGCACAGCUCUUACAGCUGGCUCUUACAAAGGUGCCAAUCUCUCUUUUCUUUCAUUCACCCUCAGAGCAUUUGAUAUGAAUAUAUCUGGUGUGUUGACUGACUCCUAUCAAGUUGUGUGUUUGUCUUUGUCCUUGUCCUAUCAGGGUGUGGUUCCCUAUAAAAGCCUUUUUUCCACCCACCAUGUCUUCCCAUUGGCCACACUGUGGGUCGAGCCCAUCCCUGAAGAGAACACUGACCUGUAUGGACUGAAGGUGAUCUCACCUGAGGAGACCUUCACCCUGCUGGCCUGUUCUUCCAUGGAGAAGGCCAAGUGGCUUCGCGCCAUCAACCAGGCGGUGGACCAGGCCAUGAGUGGGGCGGGGCAGUCAGGCUCAGGGGCAGGGCAGAGGGCGGAGCCUCCCAUCUCCCGGACCGCCUCCUACACCUUCUACAAGGACAGCCGUCUGAAGGAGGCCACCUACGAGGGCCGCUGGCUGGCCGGCAAGCCCAAUGGGAGGGGAAUGAUGAAGUGGCUUGAUGGGAGAAUUUACACGGGGACGUUCAAGAACGGACUGGAGGAUGGUUUUGGAGAUUACGUUAUGCCCAGCAAGAUGUUGAACCUGAACGACCACUAUCAAGGCCACUGGAAAGAAGGGAAGAUGCACGGCAUCGGAACAUACAAGUAUGCUACAGGUGAGUUGUAUGAGGGCUCGUUCCAGGACAACAUGCGUCACGGUCACGGGAUGCUGCGCAGCGGCACGCUGAACUCUUCCUCCCCCAGCGUCUUCAUCGGCCAAUGGGUGCACGACAAGAAGACGGGCUACGGCGUCUUUGAUGAUAUCACCAGAGGAGAGAAGUACAUGGGCAUGUGGCAGGAUGACCAGCGGCAGGGUACGGGCGUCAUAGUAACCCAGUUUGGCCUGUACUAUGAGGGAGCCUUCAACAACAACAAGAUGCAGGGCACAGGGGUCUUGCUGUCUGAGGACAACACCGCAUAUGAAGGAGAGUUCUCGGAGGACUGGACUCUCAACGGGAAGGGUGUGCUGACUAUGCCUAAUGGGGACUACUUUGAGGGCACCUUCACCGGGGAGUGGGGCUCCGGCCUGAAGGUCACCGGAUCCUUCUUCAAACCCAACCUCUAUGACUCAGACGGGUACAAGGGCCGCGCUGUUAAGCUGGGGCGCCUGGCGGUGCGUCCGGAGGAGAAGUGGAAGGCAGUGUUUGAGGAGUGUUGGAUGAGGCUGGGCUGUGAGGCCCCUGGCCAGGGAGAGAACCAGUGAGCCUGGGAGAACAUCGCUGUAGCCCUGACCACCAGCAGGAGACAGCACAGAGACUGCCCGGAGAUGAACCUGAGUCAGAGUCAUAACAUAACUCUGGAGAGUCUGGAGUUCAACCCUCAGCAGCAUGUUGGCCCUGUUACCAUGGAGAAGUAUGACCGUAUCCGCC